CCUCCAUCUGCCCUGCUCGGUGACCGACCCGUCAUCCUCCUCUCGUCCUGGAACAAGACGUCUCCCGGCGGCGUUCCCCUCUCCUCACUCUUCCCAUCACCAGCGCCACUAGCACUGUUGAAAAGUGGGGAAGAAGGCUCGCAGGUCGACGCGAGAGAGAGGGGGCGAAAAGGACAAUUCGCCUGUGAUAAGAUGCGUGAUCUAUAUAUAGGCUCUGCCCCGGACUGCACCAUCUCAAGCAUCGUCGACAUGCACAUGCCCUCCCGGUCCGGGUAAGUCACGGAGGGAGGAUGCGGGGCGGUGAGACGGCGUCGUUCGCUCGUCGCGGGGUGCCUUGUCGACGUGAAAUGACCCGAGCGGAUGACUUCAGAGGUCUCGUGAGGUCGAGCUCCGUUCAGCCAUGUUGCAGGGGCGUGAUGGAAGGGUCCCGGGAGGGGGGCUGGGCUCUUGACACCUGUCCUCCUUCCCGGUACCAGCAGGAACGGAACAAAUUGGCGCACAAGCUAGGCUCUCCCACGCCGGGAAUUGACUUUGUGACUCGGCGUGUCAGCCAUGUUGCGGCGGGUAGUCCAUUUUCAUCAUGCUCUCCUUUGGCCGAGAACCUUCACGUCUUAUUUUAGCAUCCUUCCUCUCGUAUCGCUCGCCUCUCUUCUGAGCGCGACUCCUUUGCCUUCCUCGUCGCUGGAAAAUGAAGCGGGGGUCGAGCGUGUCGCCGCCUUCUCCGGACGACGCGCGGCCGGCUCGUCGGCUCCGCGAGCCGGAGACGCCGUUAGCGGCGGGUUCCGGCCCCUUCCUGGCGGCGACCUCUCUCUUCAGCCCCGACGUCAGCACCAAGACGGCGUCCGACCUUCUCAUUAGGCUGUCAGAGGCGACCCAGAAGGCCCGGGCGCUCCCCGGAAGGCGAGGCGACGGACGAGCGGGGCGGCAGGAGGAGCCGGGUCCGGCUUUGUCUCCCGACGGCCCCGGCGGGGCCAGUCCCGAUCCGCCGUCGCUCACGCGCACGCCCGAGGGGGAUUCCGCCGGCGACACGUUGGCUUCGGACCUGCUCAGGAAACUGGCAGAAAGCCAACUCCUGACCCGGCCCAAUGUGAAGGUCAAGGAGGAAGAGGAGUCCGUGGAAAUCCACACGGCGAGAAUGUCUGGCGUCGCCCGAGAAGGCGCGCCUACAGGAGGUCGCCGUCCUGCGGCCGUCAAAACGGAACACGGCGAGGAGGCGGAGAUGGCGGAUCCGCGCGUCGGCGCCAUUGUCGAUGUUAAACAGGAGGAGGACGUUCUUCCGAAUGGGAAAACGGAGAACCGACCCGCAUCGUUCUCGGGAGUCGCCGCGGACGAGAGGCGGUUCUUUGGAGACGCGCUGUGUCCCGGUGCCAAAAUGGCAGAGCGGUGCCUACGGGCGGCGCUGUGGCAGGACAUGUCUAUCAACUUGGCGUCCACAUUGCUGCACCGGCUCUCAGAGCGGGUCGCCGAGUCCGGCGGCGGGCUUCCGCAAAGGACCGGCCCGCCCGCUCGGAGCAGUCCCGUCCCGAAAGCGGAGCCGGCUCGGUCCUGCCCUUCGGAGCCCGCGCACGGGAAUGUAAGCGAAACGCUAGGAAGCGCGAGCUUCUAUUACAGGUGUCACGUGUGCGGCUUCGAGACCGACGGGCGCCCCCUGUUCCGGUCCCACAUGACGGAGCAUCGGCAGCGGGAGCGCCAAUCCUUUUCGCUCCGCUGCUGCGUGUGCGACUACUCCACCAAUCAGGAGACGGCGAUGAGGCCGCACGCUGACAAGCACUCGCUCGGCGGGACCGGCAGGUGCCCUCUCGCCCUUCCCGCGGGCGGCGCGCCGACAGUUGCCACGGCGACCGCGCCGGAGACGAGCGCCUCGGAGCAUCGCUGCCGCAUCUGCCAGAGGUCGUUUCCCGGGCAACCGGAGCUGCUGGUUCACUUCCAGGGUCAUCGCCAAGGCAACCGCUACCGGUGCGAGCGCUGCGGGCACCUGACGCGCACCGCCAAUAAGCUAGUGGAGCACGUGCGCGUGCACACCGGGGAGCGGCCCUUCACCUGCCAACUUUGCCCCUACAGCGCCAAACGGCGGGACAGCCUGCGUCUACAUUGCAAGGUCAAGCACGGCGCGCGGGCCGUCGUGGCCGCCCCCCACUCCGACGUACACACCCACCGCUCCUACGGGCACGGAGACAAUCCUAGCAAACACGUUCGCCGGCCGCACGCCGACGUGCCCCCCUCCUCUUCCUCCCUUCUACCCCUUCACCCCUCGCGGAGCGAGCUAGCGGGGUGGAGGGAUUUGUCUCCUCUGGUGCCCAUCACGACACUCCUCUCUUUAAAGCCCGGCUCCGCCGCGCCCCCGCCCCCUCGCUCCCCCUCCGACAAAAAUUCUUUCCUGGGCUACCUUGGCCUGACGCCUUUGUGAACGAAUGUCUUCUCCUUCUGCUGACUUGUCGACGGAUGGAUGUAAAGCUCCUUCCCGCCGCCGCGUGCCAGAAUGUCAGUUUAUUGACGCGGCGGACCCCGUCGACAUCGCCCGCCGCCUGCUUUUUUAGCCAAUGGCCCGCCCGAGCGCUGGAUAGCAAAGCACGUGACUCCCUUUCUUAUGAUUAUUAUUAUUGCUACUAAGUAUGUGUUGUUCUUCAGAAACUGCCAGCUUUGUAAAGCAUCGCCAUCUUCACGACAAUGAAGUUAAUGGACCAAAAGUGUAAAUAAUCCCCUUUAUUCAUGAGCACCUUCAUUUUAAAAAAAUUUUGUUUGAACACCCACAGCUAGCGAUCAUUCGCAAUUAAUGUGUGGGAGGCACCAAUCCGCUUUUUACUGGAAAAAAAAAAAAACAAAAACCGACCAAAUAUUUUGACCAAUGAAAGUUGAUCUCUUUUUUUCUCUGGGUUUUCUUGCCGUCCACAUGCCGACGCCGUACGCACAGAAUGCUCUUUGCCCUUAUGAGCUACUAUAUACUAGCCGCAUCUACCAAUGUCUUUGCAGGCAACAUUUUUGGAACGACACCUGAUAUUGGUGCGUCCUUAAUAUGAUUAUUGCCAGAAUGAUCUGCAUGAUAAUGUACCUUUUUUUGCCAAACCAAAUUGAAAUCCACAUUCCAAUGUUUUGGCUAGUUUUGCUUGCUCAGUAAUUGUGUUGACAAAGAUUCUCUUUCUAAUCUUUGUGUUGUACAUAGCGGCCCACGUGCACUUUGUUGGCUCGCUCAUGCAAAAACGGACUCGCGAUUUGCGCUUUUUUACAUCGAUAUCAUGGCACAGGAAGAUUGUUUGGGUCGCGCGGCUGUCAAUCGCUUCUUCACGAACCAGAUCUCCGAUCGGGCAGAGCUAACGGAUAGUACCGUGAAGAAAGUUGUUUUGGUAUCCUCUGCCGCUUUGCUCUUGCUUGACCAAUAAAGUUUCAGUUCAGCAGAGCGACACCUCCA